GCAUGGCGGCAAGCGUGGAGGUUUUCUAGUUUUCCACGUUUUUUGUACGUAUUUUAAAAGUAAUUAUCGUUGAUUUUUAAAAAUUACUUGUGUUGUGUUACGGUUUUAGUGUAAACUAUAAUUAUGUGACUGUUUGUAUAUCUGAAAUAAGUAAAAGUUUGUAAAUAAACAGUAACCCGGGCUUUUACAAUCAUGGCGUCGAAUGACGAAUCUUCGAGUGAUGAUGAAAAUAAUAGAUUUUUUAAAAAAGAGUCGGUUUUAAGAAGAGAUGACUGCAUCACUUGUUGCAAAAAUUUUGAUAGAAACAUCGAAAAGUGCUCUUGUGAAAUGUCCAACAACCCUAACCAAAAUGGACAAGAAACAAAAAUUUUGCCUGAAAAUCCACCAGCAACGUUAACAAACGGCCAAAUCAAGUCGGAUUUGCCUGAGAACAAUCAUCUUACUUCCAAGGAAAACUCUAGUGAUAGUGAUAUAGUGACGAAUCAAAAAUCCAGUGAAGUGAGUUUGACAGUAGAGUCAAUCAAGCCUGAAACGUCCGAUUUUUUACCAAACUUCAAGGAAGAAAUAACAGAACAGAACUGUGCGACUGAAGUUAACCAAAACUCCGUUGAUAGUGACGAUAAGUCAGUUUCUAAAAAUGGCUGUGAUCAAAGUUGCAAUAUUGGUGCUGUGAAUCUUACCAUAGACACUAAUAACGGUUCUCUAAAUCAGGAAACUUCAAAAACCAGUGGCCUUCAGAUAAAUUCAAAUGUUAAUAAUAACGAUAUAUUAAACGAUUUAAAUUUAACAAAUCACAGCAAUAAAUUCAAACCAAAGAGCCCUUGUACACCCUUCAAAAAUGAACUACCAGCCAUUGAAGAACAACAUUUCACAAGCCAAGUCAAUUGUUCGCCAAGAAAUGCACGUACGAGAUCGGUCGAAACGGCCACUCUUCCAAAAAAAACCGCCAAAAAAAGGGCACUGUCGGCCGACGCUGACCACAGGGGCGUCAAAUUGAGAAGACUUGAUUUUGACAAGGCAAAACCAAGCGCCACAUCGACCAAAAACGAACACAAAGAAGACAGAAGCAAGUCGAGGAGACACGAAAGUACAAAAAGGCACGACAAGCGGAGAAGCAGCUCUUCCAGGAGGAAGACAGUGGGAACGCAAACGAGGCCACGUGAUUUGUCGAUUGAACCCACCUUAAUGACCGACGGAAAUUACAGUCACCCCCCAAACGAUACGAAUUUGAAGUACCGCCGUUUCUACCACAUAGAGACUCAUUCGAACGGAGGGGCUAAGAUCCUGCGAAUGUACGACGACGAAAUCAAGCAUUUGCGUCAAGAGGAGCAAGUGGAGUUGGCCCAAGAAUUUUUCACGUUGGCCUUUAGAGAAAAUUCAGACGGUCAUGCUGUGUUCGUUAUCGCUGUUGUCCACGGUUCGGCUCGAUAUCUUCCCGAUAUUUUGGAAUACAUGUCCGAAAAGUACCCGAAUUUGACUGUAAAGAACGGCCUUUUGAGCAAAAGUUCCGAUAUCGAGACGACCACUUUUUCCGAAUAUAACAAAAAUGUUAUAAAGCAUUACGAAAGUGGGACAGUACGAUACGGGCCUUUGCACCAGAUAAGUAUUGUUGGGACGGCCCAUGAAGAAGUGGGGGGGUACUUUCCCGACUUGUUGGACAUGUUAGAAAUGAACCAUUUUUUAAAACUUACGAUGCCUUGGGGCCGAUUGUCGAUUUGUCGUGACAUGAAACGGACCGAAUCAAACGACGGACCAAUCGUUUGGUGUAGACCAGGCGAACAGUUAGUACCAACAGCAGAUUCAAGAACACCACUAAAAAGAAAACGGACUGGCAUAAACGAACUUAAAAAUCUACAGUACUUACCACGCAUGUCUGAAGCCAGAGAACACCUGUUUGAAGACCGGACGAAAGCCCACGCCGAUCACGUUGGCGCCGGAUUGGACCGGAAAACCACGGCUGCAGUCGGCAUCCUGAAAGCAAUACACGGAGGACAGAAUGAAGGACCAAUAAAUCGAAUCACUAAAGACGUUGUUGCGUUUUCCGCAAAAUAUUUCGAUAUUUUAGCGGAAAAACUACAAUUGGAUUUACACGAACCGCCGAUUUCUCAGUGUGUUACUUGGAUCGAAGAUGCUAAACUUAAUCAGUUAAGGAGAGAAGGUAUCGAGUAUGCUAGAGUGAAUUUGUAUGAUAACGAUAUAUACUUUUUGCCAAGAAAUAUCAUACACCAAUUUCGGACGGUGACGGCAGUAACAAGUAUAGCAUGGCAUGUGCGUUUGCAGCAGUAUUACCCCUCUUGCGAAACCAAAAACGGCGAAGAGAACGAAAUAAACAACAAAAUGUUAAUGAGGACCGAUUCAUCUGAAUCAUCGAAAAACAAUCACGUGAAGAAUGUGCUCAAAGUGAAACAAAAAUUAGACUUCGAGAAACAAGUGACUGACGAAAAAGACAAACUAUCAAACGACCACAAAUACAAAUACAAGGAUAAAAACCGCUCCAAAGACAAAGUGCGGGAUGAAAACAAGGAAAAACGUGACAAAGAUCGCGUCAAGCACAGCCACAAGCCACGCGAUAAAGACCGACACGAGCAUAAAGAUAAAAAAUAUGAUAAAGAUAAAGACCGCCAUCACUACCACAACCAUAAAGAACACAAAUCUAAAGACGAAAAGUCGCGUCACCACUCGCAUAAAGAUAAAUAUAAAAGUAGCAGUGAGUAUAAAAAUCGGCAUAAAAGCAGUCACUCGCACCACAAAGACCGGGAACAUUCGGAAUCGAAGAAAAUCUCAAAUGAAAAAAAUAAUUAUAUUAAAACGUCGGUUUCAAGUAGCACGAGUUCGCUUUCGAAUACGUCGCUGACGAAAACACCGUCAACGCCUAAUAGCAAUGAUUCUAAUACUCCAAUGCAAAGGCUUCUCGGUGAUAAUACCCCGUCGCCUUUAAAACACAAGUCGGAGAAAAAACCGCAAAAAAUAAUAAAACGUCCACGACUGUCACAAUCAGCUGAUGUUCUCGGCGAUAUUUUAAAAGAUAUGAACAAGUGCGACCCGCAUAUAUAACAGUAACUUUUCAAAUGUUCAUAUGUAUAUACUUGUAAAUAGUUUUGGCUAUAAUUGGGAUGAGUUUUUAUUCAUCCGCCUGAAUUCUAAAGAAAAGUUGGACGAUUUGUACUGUGUCCAAGUUUUCAACCGAUAUGAAUCUCGUCUGUUUUAACUAGGUUUUUUGGUAAUUUAUUUAUUGUUUUAAAUUUCAUUGUGUAGCGUGUACUAUAAAUUGUCGAUCUCAUUUAUUGUGUUUUUGCCAUUACUAAUGUAUUUUAGGUAGAUUUUUUAAUAUGUAUUUUAUUUAUGAUUUUAAUUGUACAUAUGUAUAGGUAGAGAAAUAUGUACAGAUUUUUACGUAGUCAAAACCUUAUAAGCGUUGCUGUAAAAAUUCAAAUAUAUAACAAUGUUAGAAGAGUUUUAGUAAUGACUAAUAUUUUUUCAUAUCACAGCAAAAUUUUAGUAUAAUUUUAACUCUAAGGAAAAAUCUAUUUUUUGUGUGUUAGCUUUAAAAUCGCGAGGUUUAUUUAUAAAUCGUAAUCAGUCAAACAUUACCUAAUUAAUUAUUUUAACGAAUUUAUUACGACACCUGUAUUUUUAGUAGGUAUAAUUCAAGUUCCUUUAAAUUGUUGACUGAAAUUAAGGGGGAGGCAGAUAUUUUGAUAGGAUCACGAGAGGUGUCUUGUAUUUGCGAUGUGAUAUCAUUUUAUAUUUUAGACAGGCUUAACUUUAUAUUCAUAUCGACACAGCGCCUACUUUUUCCUCAAAUAAAACAAUGUAUUAUCAUUUAUUAUUUUACAUUAAGGUUGUGGCAUAAUUACCCAUUUGUAAUUUAAACCUUUGCUUCGCAUUGUUACAUUCCAUACAGUAUUGUUUAUAUGAAUAAAAAUUUCCUGUCAAUUAGA